UCAAUGUUAGUGUUGAAAGACAUGUGCGGGUAUUUCGAAAUACCUUACAUAUCUACAGAUCUAAAAAGAGACCUUUUAGCCAAGGUUUCAGUGUAAGGGAAUGUGACUGAGUGCAGCAAAAAUAAUUUCAUUCUGUAACUUUCCUGCGCAAGAGUUUGAGUGCAUGGUAUGCUGUCCAAUCGGUAAUGUGACAAGUUGUGCGUUGUGCAUUGGUUAUCAUCUAAAUAUCAUAAAUAUUAUUGUGGAAACAAAUUAUGAAGCAUAUUAUAAAAUGAAGUUGCAAAAUGAGGGAGGCUCUUUCAUCGAUUUAAAAGUCCUACCGGUCUCCUAUAUUUUUUUAUGAUGUCCUCCCCAAUAUUUGGGUGACCCUAUUCGGCGGAAUGGUGGAAUACAUGCAAUCAGUUGUAAAAUACGGAAUAUAUGUAAUUCUCUAAAACACGGAAUUUACAGAAUAUUCUGUAUUUGAUUUGAACUGGACUGACGAAAAAGCAGAGGCAAUAUUAAAAAUUCAAUUUUCGUACUGCCGUAAGCCACACUAUAGACCUUAUGACGGUUUUGAAAGCCAUCUUGACGGGUGAAAGGCCCGGUAUCACGGGAAUCUGAUGUCGGAUAAGUUUCAUAAAGCGGCUGUUCUAAAAAAAAAAUUGUAAACCUAAGCUUGACAGGAUUGUACUACCAAUUAUUGGGGCCGCACCUGUGCCUAAAUUUGUCCGGUCGCUUGCUUUAGAUUUUCAAGAGUCUUCAAAGUCUUCAAAGGAAUGAUCUCUUCUUCAAAUUUUGUGGAGAUUGCUCGGCUGGUCGUUCUGGCGAGGAAGGAUCCGGGAACAACAAGUCCGUUUUCCAGUCUCCUUCAUCCAUUACCUUAAUCGACUUGCACUUUAUAUUGACUGCGAGCUUUUUUAAGAAAGGUGAAUAUAAGGAAGAAAAGUUCCAUCGACAAAGUGCCCAACAAGUUUCAAGGUAAGUCCCUCGCGUUAACUGAGCAUUCACCUUCAGUAUUUGUUACUGCUACAGUUUCAAAUGUUGUUCGUUUUUAAAUAAAUAUCAAGGUUCUUUUUUCAACAUUUGGUUGUUUCUGAAAAAAGAAAUAAGCGCCCUGUCCCGAAUAAGCGUCCUCCCUAGAGGCACCAAAAGUAAAUAAGCGCCUGGGCGCUAAAUCGAAUGAUUACGGUAAGUCAAUUCUUUUACUUGUCACGCGCUUAAAACAUGGUUCGAGUUAAUGAGGGUAAAAUUAUAUAGAAAUGAUCUGAAGAGAAACAAAAAUUAGCAUUACUUCGAGUUAGCACGAGGUUCGAGUCAGUAGCGAGGGUUCGAGUCAUAGGAGUCGACUGUAUACAUGUAUACCCUUUUUAAAAGAUUUUUCUCUUAUUCUGCGUUUUAGAGUAUUCCGUAUAUUCCGUAUUUUACAAUAUUCCAUGUAUUCCAUCAUUCCGUUCCGUCAUUCCGUAAGUCCACCAUUCCACCGAAUAGCGUCACCCCCGAUAUUUUCAUGUCCAAGAAAAUACUAAACGCGAGGCUAAUCAUUGUGCCAGGAAUUGAAUCUGUUAGCUACAUUUUAUAGUGCCACAUAUAGUAGUCCUUUGAGAAAAAAAACCGCAAUUCUUGGGCGUAAUGAACUCAGUUUUCGGGACCAAGAUGUUUCUCGUUCUCGGGAGCAACAGUACUCCAAUACCUCUCUCUUUUUUUCCUUGAAGGAAGACGUUGGACAUUGACAUGAAUGAUUCUGGCCCGAAAAAAAAAAAAAAACGUGGGAUCAAAUUUCUUUCAAUAGACCGCUGGCCAGAAGCGUGGACUCGUGACCCCACAACGAUCAGAUCACGCUGAGGCCAAAACGGUGCGGCGGUUCGGGACUUUUUUCUUUUUAAGUCACCAUCGCUUGUGAAAAAAUAACAUUACUGUAACAUUGUUUCACUAAGUGCGUUCUGGCCGGGAAAAAGUUGUGCAUUCGUUUAGAUUCCGCCGCAGUUUAGACAAAUGACGCCGCUGUCACACGACGACAUUUUCCAGAUUCAAGUUUCGUCAGCAGAUGGUAAUUUCGAGUUCUUUUCUUUUUCUGCCCAUUUUUCAUCUUCCUUUCUCUUUUAAUUCUACGUCCUUCUACUUAGGAUGGUCUCUGAGCGCCUAGCAAGGAUUAAAGUGGCGUUUACCACGCUGUCCACGGCCGUAUUGGCAACAGAGAAGUGUUUCGCCGAAGUAACAAGAUAACGGUAAACAUUGCAACUUUGAACGCUUUGUACAACGUCAAUAUACUUUGGCCGAGAAAUGUUUUUCCAGAAUCGUAAUGUAUAUCCGUCCAAUGUCUGAUUCAUCACUGUGAUUGCUUUCAACAGCGUUGGACUUUUGAGAAACAAUUGUUUUAAAAUCAGCUUCAACGCUCCAUCUAAUUUAAUAUGCAAUAUUUGAAAAUUUAUUUUUUAUUCCCUUCGGCAGUUUUUCGAUGUUUAUCGAAUGAUAUUGCAUUAAAAGGCCUUUUUCUUCAUCACUGUGUGGUUUUCUUGUUGUUUUGCGUCGCGAUAGUGAUUUCUGAACCGUUUUUUGCGAGGGCUUAUUUUAGGCCUGAUUUUGCUGCUAUCAGACGGAAAAGGUUUGCGGCUCGAUAUUUUUGGUUUAAAGCGAAACUGAAACAAAAGAAAUUCAUUUUUGAAUAGUAUUCGGUAACCUCUACUUGGGAGAUAAAAAUCGGCCGAUUUUAUUUUUUAGCCAGAAAUCAUCGGUCGUUUCUUAGGCGCAGGGCCUCUUAAAUGUCUAGAUUUACACAAAAUUUGAUUAAAAUUGUACAAUGAAAUCCAGUCGACCAAUUUUGAUAAGUUAAGUUCCUACUUGGCUGCGAGGCUUGGGGGAAUAAAACAAAAGAAGUCAGGUUCAGAAAUGAAUGAUACAUUUCUUUUGUUUUUGCCUCGGAGCCAAGUAUGCCGUGAAUUUUGAUAUAUCGAAAUUGGUCUAUUGACGGGGUAUUAAAAGGGUAUUCUAAGGUGUUCCCAACAUGACACAUAUCAUGAUGGUAAUAGCUAUGUCGAUGUCGUUCUUGAGAGUUCAGUUUCCUUCCAUUUUGACUCUGAAGCAAUAACAAUUUUACCACUAUCUCACAAGCUGCAUCGACACUUUUGCAGGUCACAGAUUCUAACGUCCUUCACAACUUCGUCAGCACGGGAGUUGUUAAUCAAGAAAAUGAGGUGAUCGCAUAUUACGUGGGAGACUUUAACAAAGUCCCCAAGCAGUACGACAACGUUGUGAAGCUCAAGUUCAUGAAUGACAAAGCCGCCGAAAAGUACAUCAGCAUGCAAACGAAGCUGAUGCAAUCAAGCACAGAUCCUCAGCCAAUAAUUUUCAGAAGCAAAGGGAAGCAGAAACUCCAUGAUGUCUUCUUUGAAGAAUCGGAAUACGCUGGGGAGAAGGAAAAGUUUGAUUGUUUUGUUGGUAUGCCAUCCGAUGACGACAAGAAUCCAUUCAUGAGCCCAAAGAUGAAAAUCGUGGACGUGCCACGUUACGAGCACUUUGACAACGAUGACUACCCAGAGUCUAGUUCCUACUUCAUGUAUGGGGACAAAAAGAACGUAUUUUUGUUCCAUAUUCCGACCAAGAGCCCUGAUUUCUUUCAGGUAAACUAUGUAAUGAAGUAGAGUUAAAAUUGAUAAUUUCCAUGCCAUAAAAACGCAAAAUUGUAUAAAAAGCGGUAUUAGUUUGAAAGUAAUUUCACACUAAAAUCUGGUUACCUUUUUCACUAAUACACGCGACCAAUUUCAUCGAUUUAGAGAAACAAAUUUCUCGCCCCAAAUAAGUUAAUCCGCAUUCCGGAAUCCGGCAAAUUUUUGCUUGUGGAAUACGGAAUCCUGCAAAUUCGGGCCAAGGAAUCCGAAAUCCCGUUUAAGAGUGGAAUCAGGAAUCAAGGAAUCUGGAAUCCACAGUAUUGCCAUAUGUUUCAGGAUAAAUAUGGCUUUGGUUUACGAUCAGUUUAUACUGGGAUAGGUUGUAAAGUUAGCAGAGAGUGUGGGUCUAGAAAUAGGGAAUCAUAUGCAUGUUUCCAGUAAACUGAUCAACUUGAUUAAGACCUUAUAUUCUAGACUGCGGAAACCAGGGAUAGAUGCUAAAAAAUUAACUCAGUAAAAUAGCAAAGAAGGCGUCGACCUCAGCAGUUUCUGGAAAAUACUGACUCUAUAAAAGGUAGGGGGAAUUUGGGGAGUUUAGUCUAGUAUAGGGCCUGAAAAUUCGGCUGAUCUAGGUCUGGUAAAGACUUGAGAUUCCGGGAUCCCUACGGCCAAGCCAGUACAUAUUAAAUAUAUCCCCGGCCGGUGUUCGUGUUGCGGGUUCCACUGUAGAAGAUGUAUAAUUAUGUUAACGAAAAGGGUUUUGUUCUUGUUUCAUAAGGCUGUCCAGCUCGACGGACCGCCCGAUGGCGUAGGCAACAUUGUAGCCGAUGAUCUGCUGCUUAGGUACGGAACAGAAGUCGAGAUUCCUGGCAUUUCUGGUGCACCAGAGAUUAUAGCCGGAGAAAUCCAAGAUCCUCUCAAGAAGAAUAAAUUCGACAUUUCUUUUGUGGGAAACAACGGUGAAGAAGUGACCAGUAAAGUGAAGAUCGCCAGGAAAAUUUGGUUCUCUGGUUCUACCAUGUAGUAGCCACCAACUCCUCACUGUCUCUCUCCUUUCAAACUGGUUGACAACCUCUUCUUUGAGUGCACAAACUGCUAGUGAAAAAUUGCACUGCCAUCAACUGGAAACGAUCUAACGUCGUUAUAUAAUGUAACUGACUAUAGAUGCAUAUCCAUCAUAAUUAUUGAAGCAUUUUCAUAGCAUUUCCUUUUAAAACCCAUCGUUUCGUAGAACAUCUCCUAAGUAUGGAAAGGAACGUAGACGCCAUUCAGUGAUUCUGUUUUUCCUGAAACUCUGUAAAAUCGACCUUAUGACUCGGGUUGAUUAAACAAGCCUUUGCAGC